AUGUCGGAAUCAAGAUCGGAACGUCUCCGCGCCAUUGAGGUGCUUUUGGAACGCACCGUGAUACGACUAGAGCAGAUGCGCUCUGCACGACCUAUUUUAGGACAACCAGCUCAAGUCACCACGGAACCAUCAGCCGAGCAAGACACAGAAACGAGCGAUACGCAGGAACUCCAGUCAGAGCAGGAUGUCAUUGACGAGCCAUCAGCUCAGCAAUACACAGAACCGAGCGACACGGAGGAACUCCAGUCAGAGCAGGAUGCCAUCGACAAGCCAGAAGUCACAGUCUUGUCGCAGAAUGAUGAAGACGACGAACCACAUGUUCCUAUUGCGGUCGCUCCAACAAGUUCAAUUAGAUGCUUUCCGUCCGGUCACCGUGAGGUCGUAGACCCAAUGUCUUCAUACCUUCUUCCCGAAAUCACCGCGCAGUACGCUCAUCUGCGAGAAGCGCCUGCUUUCGGUAUCAUUGGACGUCCCAUAAUUGACGACAUACGUAGAGAUCUGGUGGCAGACCAAGAGGUAGAAGAGUUUGGACAUCUACCUCUUCAAUCACUUGGCCACACUGUUUCGGGCCAAGACAACACAGAAGACCAGCCCACAAUGGCUCAAAUACACCAAAGAUCUCCUUGGCAAGGUUUCUCAUCCCAGUUACCUCUGCCGGUGUCUUCCCAUGCCCAAUUCCCCUAUGUUCCGUACCACUUGACAGGAGGAUGGUGGGAAGGGUGCGGCGUUGGACUUGAAUCCAGCUGUUCUGUUCCUAGACUGGGACGCCCUCCGUCGUGGGCGGUUGAGGACAAACAACCCAGUCGUGUUCAAACGCCUCAUAGUGAAGGGUCGAUAAGCCCGUGGUCUCUCUUGCAUACUAGCAGAGAGACCUCCUCGGAAUUUGAGGAUGCUGAAAGAACAAUAUUCCGGCGUCUCUGGCGCACUAACGAGGUUUCAUCUGAAUCUCAGGGUGACAGGAUGGAUGGAGUGCUUCUUGAGGAAACUGUCUGA